GAAACUCCUUAGUGGCCCAUUUUGGAUACACCGGUCACUGGUGUAGUCAUCACUCAUGCCUAGACUGUGAGGAGUGAGAACUGAGAACCUGAUGGUAGAUAGAAUCAUAGAAGUAUUGAAAGAAACGAAGAAUUACAGAAGAAGAAGAUGACUAUACCAGUACCAGUGGGAGAAGAAGUGGGGCCCAAGCUGGUUCGAUUUCUUUACUUCAUUGGCGCUGGAUUUGUAUGCACUGCAGCUAUUAACAAGUGGAGGGAUUUGGAAAGGAAGGCUAAUAUUCAGAAACAGCAAAAAGAGCUGUUGGAAAAUCCAUCACCAAAUUCACAUGGAGUACAAAGUGCUGUGGAGUAGACUUAGGAAUCAAAUAAUACAUGCUCUUCAAGGUUCUUGAGGACCCUUUUAUCAUAACAAUUGGAUCUUUGUCAUAUGUAUUGAAUUGGAGAAAUCUAGGUGAUUUUGCUUUAUGAAUUGGAUGAUAUAAUUUUUUGGUGAUCGAGUAUUAUUAGACUAUCCCGUAAUAUAAGGGUGUGAUUCUAUGGGGAUAAUUUGUCGAAUUAUAUUCUUGCAGUAGUCACAGAGGUCAUCACAUAAAUAAUAUGGACACUGAACAUCUUUAGUUUCCUUUCCUGUGAGUUGUAUUCUUCAAUCUAAGAUGGUGCUCUGAUGAUUCAGUCGAAAGAAAUGCCCUUGAAUUAUAACUCAGGAAUAUAAUUAAUCAAUAGAAUGUCGUGUUGCUGCGUCAGGUCUCCACUCGUUGUGGUAUAGUUCUAUUUCUUUUCAUCGUAUUUUCCUUUGCUUCCCUGUUAGUCUGUUGCCUUGCAGUUUUGGAGCUUUGCUCACUUCUGUUGGUUUGUGUAAUCCCGUUUAGAAGGAGCAUUCUUAUCUGUAGGACCAAUGAACAUUUGACGGACUGUCAUUUAAGGUUCUUAUCGUAACUAGAAGGAUUAGUGGCUACCAGAGGCUAGGGAAUCAUGAUAGCUUCAAAUAAAAAGUUGGACAAUGAGAGUGCGAAUGUAAAGCUAUACUGCAUCAGGACAGAUAUAGAAUGGGCCAAGAAUUUGAUCUUUUGACUACUCAUUUACGUACUAAAUUAAAGGACGUUUAAUGUUAAGAAUUGAAUUGAAGUUUAAGACUGAUUGACAAUAAUGAUGGACAAGAAAACUUUCAGACUAGUAUAAAAUCCUUUUUAUUCUCUGUGCAGCAGGAGUGUAGCUUUUUUCUUCAUCAUUCUUUUAAAGUGUCAUACUGUAAUUCCUCUGGUUUUACCCUGCAAAGGUGCCGUCUUUGAUCAGGGGCUAGAAUUAUCUUAAGUAGCCACUGUUUGUCCUUCCACUUGUGUCUUGUUGAAAAACUUAUUUCCAUGAUUACCAUGAGUGUUGAUCACAUAUUGUAAGGCAGCUGUGCUCACCCUUUUUUUUUUUUUAAUCCACACGAUUAUCUGUUGUAUAUGCAUUUAUGUUUAGAUGUGGAUGGUCAAUGUUACUCGUCAUCGAUUCUCUGCAUUUCCCUUUGUUGAAACAACCUUGUAAUAAAACUGUUGUCAUGGGAUGGGAGAAUAGUAGACUAGCACAGAGCUUACCUGGUUAACCUAUUUGACAGAAUCACCUCCUUAAGAAGGUUAAGGAAAUAGUUGUAACGUAGAUUGUCAUGUCAAAAUAAGAUUGGAUCAUUUUACUGAAUAUAGCUAUUCAUAGAGUAGGGCACGGCUUUACGUGUAAGAGCAAUGGUAGUUGGAUUUAAAUGGGGUUUCUUUGGACUUGCUAAUUCUUAAUAGGAUUCCCUUUUUCUUGGUCUUCGAUUAUGUACUGAUUUUCCUGUGAGUAUGGAUUCAUUUACUGCAUUAAUGGAUAACAUGACAUGAUACUAGAAUCUACAAGUAUUUUGGGUGUUUAAGUAAACCCAACUCUUUUUUAGGACUCUGGUUAGGCAAUUGGAAUGGGUUAGGAUGCUUAUUGCUGCUGAAGGACUUCGAAGUGCAUCAAAUUGAUGUUCUUUUGGCUGAGCUAGGAUUUUGCAUAGCUGGAAUGAUCUCUUAAGCUCCUUUUAUAUUGAUGACAAUGGGAAGACAGACAUAUAACUUUUGUAGGAUUUGCUAAAGUUGAGCUGGAAUAGCUAGCAAGCGUCAAAUAUUACAGCAAAUCUCAAACCAAACAAGCUUGACUUCAUAAAAAGAUGUUCAAGAUUGCAGAAAAGAUAAAUUUUUAAAGCAAUGCUGAAUGACAUUUAGCAUUCUAUCUACAGUACUCUAAAAGAGGGUAGGCCAUCUAUCGACUGUGUAACAAUAAGUACUGUCUUUGAGCAAGAUUUUUCUUUGAAGAACCUUGGUACUUCAUCAGACUCCUAAUAGAAAGUUAAAGUAUGAGUUCGAAUUGUAGCAACUUGUUCCAACAAAGACAGUAGUGCCUAAAUUGCACUAAAAUUCUCGUGGAGUCCAUCAACAAAUCCCAGCUUCCAAGUGUUGUGCUUUUGUCCUUGGCCUUUCGAAGGUCAUGCGAGACAAUGUAAAAUACUUAUGACGUCUAGUGAUGCAUAUAUUGUGAAUGGACUUAUUAUUCUUCUUUGUUUUGCUCCCCAAGUUGGAAAAGCGACCGCCUUGUUCACAUGAAGUUUGCAGGUUUGUGCUAUUUUGUUGCUUGGACUUGUUUGUGGAUCAAAAAAUAGUGCAGCAGAAGAUUAGGCCUUGCUUCAAGCAUCUUAGCCGAACUUUGGGGAAUCCGGGAUGGCCUUGAAGUUGCCUUUUCUGUCAAUCCAACAUGCUUAGAAGUGGAAGUUGAUUGCUCUGAUCUUAUCUAUCUCAUAAAAAAAAAAUAAAAGUGAUCCUAGUAUUGCUGAUAGCAGGUUCCUCUUUUCAUAGUUCCAGGAACUCAAAACUUCCCUACAUCUUUCAGAAGGCAAAUACAAGUGCUGAUAGACUAGCCAGAAUGCGAGGCAAUCUAGACUCUUAAAGUUCUGUGGUUUUUGAUGUUUGUCCUCGUGAUUUAGUUUCUGAUAUUCAGGAAGAUUUGAGGGAAUUUAUGUUUUAGGAUCCCUGUUUUUACCAAAAAUGGAAAAUGUCAACGUAGGUGUAGGAUUAAGCGAGGGAAUUUCACUUGAGAGGCUGGAGUUUCGUCAUAGUUGGUGGACUGAGCGGCCAGUGAGCACAAAAUCGGGCCACUAGAUGCAAGAGAAUUAAUUAGUCUGAGCCAACUUUAUUGACCUUUUGACUUCAACUUCCCAUAUUCAUUUCAUGUGCCACUAGAGCCCAUCGUUUCACUUCCAUUUGCCCUAAAUAUUCACUGCAACUCCAGAAGAGCCCGUUCGGCUUGAAUUUUUUGGGAGUUUUUUUUUUGGAGAAAAAUUAUUUUAGCACUUUUUUGGACGUGCGUAUAUGAAGUAAAAAAAAAAUGAUUAAAAAUCUCAAGCAUUACAUGAUGAAAGCUUGGCAGGUUGUGAAGCUAGCUGUAUGCUGUAGCUGCCAUGAAGACUGCAGAACCAACCACUCAUAUUCUUCCAGGUAACCCCCAUGCACGCUCCUCCCCUUCAGCAAUGAUCAACCGACCACCGUUUCCACCCCCCAUUACUCCACAAUAAAACCUCCCCUGUAUCUUUUUCCUCCGGGCACCUUAUUUCCAUAGCUAAUACUACAGAAAAGAAAAUAACAAAACCCCGAAUCAAAUGAGCUUCCAACGGUUUUAUGAGACCUGGUUCGAGCAGCUCCACCAGCUUAUGAACCAACUCAACCGAGCACCGCGUCAGCCAACGGCGGAGGAAGAGAACCACGAGCUGGUUCAGAAGGUUAUGUCCCACUACUCCGAGUAUUACCGAGUUAAAUCAAUCGUUGCCAAGCAAGAUAUCCUGUCAGUCUUCGCUGCACCGUGGGCCACAACCCUUGAGCGAUCCCUCCAUUGGAUUGCCGGCUGGCGGCCCACCACCGCCUUCCACCUUAUUUAUACUGAGGCCAGCAUCCGUUUCGAGUCACAAAUCUUUGAUAUCCUACGUGGGCUUCGUAAUGGGGAUCUCGGCGACCUCUCCCCAGCCCAGUUCCGCCGUGUAAGUGAGCUUCAAUGCGAAACUGUCCGGGAAGAAAAUGCUAUCACUGAUGAACUCUCUGAAUGGCAGGAUGGGGCAAGUGAUUUCGUGGGAAUGCGUAGCCAUGGUGAUGGUGGAAAGAUGGAAGUGCUGGUGAGAGUGGUGGAAAAGGCUGAUCAGCUGCGGCUGAAGACUAUUGAGAAAUUGGUUGAGCUGUUCACCCCACGACAAGCUGCAGAGUUCUUGAUUGCGGCCGCCCACCUCCAGUUUGGUGUCCGAGCAUUGGGUGCCACUUAUGAUCGUCGACUCUAAUGUUAUUGUUGCAGAAGUAUUGCAUCAAUAAAAUUAGUCCUAUCUAUCAAUAAAUUUGAAGCAUCUAUCUAUCUCUUGACAAUAUUUGAGUUCAAAAAAUCCAUCUCUUGACAAUAUUGAAGGAAAUCAAAACCAAACUUUAUUUAG